GCGGCAGUGACGGCGGCCAAAGCAAAGAUGGCGGACUUGUCGGGGAGCGAGCUGUCAGAGGAAAAAGAAGCAGGAAUUGAGCUGAAGAAAAGGCAGAAAAGACCGUGGGACGAUUUGCACAAGUCGGGCAAAAUCGGCAUAACCCCAGAACUGCCAGAAACAUUGGGAUUUUACGACAUAAGCGCUGUCAGAAGGGAGCAGCGGGAGCAGCCAGCAGAUCCGUCGUUGACACGCUUCAUUGGCGCAGAGCUCACCAGAGGCUACUUCCUGGAACACAAUGAGGCAAAGUACACAGAGCGCAGAGAGAGAGUGUACACAUGCAUGCGUAUUCCCAAGGAACUGGAGAAGUUGAUGAUCUUUGGCUUCUUCCUGUGUGUGGAUGCCUUCCUGUACGUCUUCACCCUGCUGCCCCUUAGGGUGCUGCUGGCUGUGCUCCGCCUCCUCACCCUGCCAUGCUGUGGCUUCAGCGGGUCUCGGCUGCUGCAACCUGCACAGGUAUGUGACAUGCUGAAGGGCCUGAUCCUGGUGCUGUGCUUCUCCAUGAUGCAUUACGUCGAUUACUCCAUGAUGUACCACCUGAUCAGAGGACAGUCUGUCAUCAAACUCUACCUCAUCUACAACAUGUUGGAGGUGGCUGACCGCCUCUUCUCCUCCUUUGGCCAAGACAUCCUGGAUGCUCUCUACUGGACGGCCACAGAACCCAAAGAACGGAAAAGAGACAGUAUAGGCGUUAUUCCUCACUUCAUCAUGGCUGUCUUUUAUGUCUUCCUCCAUGCCAUCCUCAUCAUGGUUCAUUUGUGGAGAUCAAAGGAAGUGUGUUCAAGAAAUUUGAAAAGAACAACUUAUUCCAAAUGUCCAACAGUGAUAUCAAAGAACGGUUCACCAGCUACGUUCUCCUGCUCAUCGUUUGUCUCAGGAAUAUGGAGCAGUUUGCAUGGAACCCAGACCACCUGUGGGUUUUGUUCCCUGAUGUCUUUAUGGUCGUCACCUCUGAAGUUGCUGUUGACAUUAUUAAACAUGCUUUCAUCACCAAAUUCAACGACAUCACUGCAGAUGUGUACAGUGAAUACAGGGCAAGUUUAGCCUUUGAUCUCGUCAGCAGUCGACAGAAGAAUGCUUGUACAGACUACAGUGACUCAGUGGCACGGAGGAUGGGCUUCAUCCCUCUGCCUUUGGCUGUUCUGCUUAUCCGAGUGGUGAUGAGUUCGGUGAAGGUGCAGGGGGCUCUUUCAUACACAUGUGUGUUCCUCUUUUAUCUUGGGCUGGUUUCACUUAAAGUGUUGAACAGUAUUGUGCUGCUGGGGAAGUCGUGUGUUUACAUCAAGAGGGCCAACAUGGAGGACAAACUGUUCGAGAGGCCCUCUGCCACUCCAUCCUCCUCUGGGAAAACCCCCAGCAAAGCUGAGCAGGACAGAUGUCCCACACCUUCAGGCGAAUCCAAGGUGGAGCAGAUCACUACCACACCCUGCAGCCCACCAUCAUGUUCUCCCUCCUCCUCUGUGACCACCCAGCCGGCUCCCAGGACUGACUUGUUCCCUACCUCGCCCACUGACGCCUGUCCUCCUGCUUCUCCAGCUAGCCGUCCCCCAACUCCACCACCGGAACCUGAACAACCUGCACCUUCACUCUCCAAAGAAGAGGAGGGCGAAGCGCAAGGAGCCUCUGAACUGAAGCACAGGACUCCCAAAAAGGACCUGCUGGAGAUCGACCGUUUCACAAUCUGUGGUAACCGCAUCGACUGAACAGCUGCAGCCGCUGAUGUAGCGAUUAACCACUCAGGAAAGACGGAGAGCAAAGGGCCCUUCAGCCUGGCUCUCCUGGCCAACAGCAGCAGAAAGCUGAGUAUUUAUUAAAGUCAGUGGCAAUACAGUAAGUUAUUGUCAACAUGGACGCACUGUGUCAGACAAUCUUGCUUUUGUUGAAGCCUGAAGUCGAGAAGUUUGACAACAAAAACUUCAGAUGGCUGAUCAUCAGCGGGAGAGAGAAAGUGAGACUGUGGCAGCCAAAUCGUCAUUUCAGUGUGUGUGUGUGUUUGUGCGAAUGUGUUUGGUUUAGUAUUUGGAGUGAGGUGUGUAGGUGUGAGAGUGUGUGUGAGACAGCCUAUGUGUGAGAGCACACAAGCACUUCCUGUCUGAACAGCACUGGGACCAGAGGGAGAGAAAUUUCUCAGAUCACUCAGCAGCCAGAAAACAGAUGAACUUCCAAACUCAAGGAAACAACUGGAUCACGUUUGCCUGCUUCAAGUGUUUCCUUUUUCCUCAAGAAAACUGAUUUGAAAAGUUUUUGGUUUCUUUUUGUAAAAUAUUGGGUGUCAUCCAACACAUGGACCCAAUCUGCAAGAAAACAUAUCCUCUUUGAGUAACCUCAGACCCUGAGAAAUUUAGAUCUGGAAUUAGCUAAAAAGUGGAAAGGCUUCUUUAGGGGUUCCGUCAAUAAGGGACUUGAAGCCAGUGUUCCCAACCUGAGGGCCUCGACCCCCCCUAAGUGCCAUAAGAUAAAUCUGGUGGGGCACGAGGUGAUUAACAAGCCAGGAAACCAGAAACAACAUAUUUCUGAUGUUUUUCAGCCCUCUAAUGUUAACCCCUACUGCAUAAUUUUAUGAUUUGGAUUUCUAAAACUGACUCAAAUGAAAUCGAAAAGCAGAAAACAAAUUACUUUUUGUCUGAACUACUUUACACACUGGUGACCAGCAGUCACAAAUAGACAGGUUUGUUUUAAGGGGUCACAAGCCAAAAAGGUUGGGAAACCAGCUUUCAGCAGUCACACACUGACAGUAUUAGAGGCUUUGCAUUGCUGCUCAGUUCAGAAGUCUGAACCUCAGUUGGACUACGGUAGUGAGAAUUUUAAAGUGAAGCAUCGAUUCACUUUCCAGCGUCACUUGAUGGAGUUCUAAACGUGACUCAAAAGAGUGACUUUUAAUUAGAGCCUUAAGUAGAGCCUUUUGUUUACAGAGCCAACAGAUAAAGUCAUUUGCAGCCCACACUGCGCCUUCAGCAACCGAAGGACCUUUCAUUAAAAGCACCCAGUCAGCGCACGACAUUAACAGAAGCUGCCGGUCAAAUGCUGCUGACACUAAAUCUGCUGCUUCCACCAGCCGCUUACACAGCCAAAUAUAUUCCACAUAUAUAAGUCCACUGAAAACUAUGAAAAGAAGAACUUGUAGUUUGUUAAUACAAUGCCAAUAGACGCUGAAGAUAAUCUUAAAUUUUCUUCUUGCUUAAGGUAAAUUUUUCAAAUCCCUUUAUAUACAGUAUAUUACGGAAAAAAACAUUCACUUAAAACCAUCAUUUAUUAUCUCUAAAACACAGAUAAUCACUAGAAAAGGGUUAUCACUUCUAUCCAAGGGUCGAUAUUACAUUACACAUCCUUCAAGUAACCAGUCAUUUUAUUAUAAAAAUGUUAUUUAAUUUUUCAUUAAUCUUUGGUCUUGAGAAUGUUUGCACUGAUGGACCGUAUUGUCUUAAAUACGACAUUGUAACGUAUGUUUCUCAUUCGACUCUCGAGUAACGUUCUAAUGUUUACAUCUUAGAAAAUAGAAGCAAUAUUUCCACAACAAAAUGCCUUUUUUGCAUGUGUGUUUGACAUUUUGUUGACUGACCUUGUGAAAUGGUUUACUAUGAUUUAAACUUUUAUUGCAAUGAAAAACCUAUAAAUUGAAUAUAUAAUAGGAAAGGUAUAUCAUCUAGCUUUCAUCAUUGAUUGUAAGGAAAAUAUGUUAUUCAUAACUAAUGUCAGGCCGUAAAGUUCCAGCAGCCAUGCCAAAUAUUGAAUUAGUGUCAGAACUCAAUGACUUUUGUUAUCUCAUCCAAAUGAGUUCAAAUCACUGAAUAAUGGUACGUUGUAGCACUUUAUGGUUUCUUUACAAGGUUGCAUAUCCAUGGAGCUGUUCUACAGCCACAGUUAUGUGCAGCAAGCUGAGUAGUUUUAGCAGAGUCAUAUAGAGAAAUAUGUUACUUGACUGGUACAAGAUAUAAUUAUAUGGGGAAUUAUUAUCAAAUCAAACUAAAUGCUGUGAGUUUUAAAAUAAUCUAUAAAAGAUAUCACUUUAAUUUCCUCUUUCUACUGCACCCUUCCCAUCACUAUUAAUUUAUUUUGGAAUUUAAAAUGUAUUUUACUGCCCUGUUAAUUACUACCAUAUGACUAAUAGUAAUGCAUUUAAAGUUCCUUUGGCAAGUUAUCAUAAUUUAAACUUAUGCUUUACUUUAAGCAGAAGAAAGAUGUAUAUGAUGUAAACACAUAUCAGCUUUUUUUGGUUGUGUUUGGAAAAAAAGGUUUAUAAUGUUCAUUACCAUUGUAAUAUGGAAGAUAGUUCUAUUUUUGGAGCUACCAGUUGUGAUAUGAUAAUACGUUUUGAGCAUGAAAUCAGAUUCUCAGUCCUUCAUGUGGUUUUGUCAAAUGUCUCGUCUCUACUAGCCUGAGCUCAGUCUCGUUGUGGUCUGUCUGUCCACAGUCAGCUGGCUGAGCCUCACUGGUCCCAGUCUGCAGUGGAGACCAACCACAACUGGACCCAGCUGGGCUCAACCGAGCUAAUGGAGACGAGGCAUACGUGUUCUUAUGCAAGCUGCGAUGGUCCAGUACACUGCCUGCUUUGUUUCAUCAGUUUGUUUCCUUAUUUAAUUCCUACCUCGAUAUUGUAUGAAAAUGCCCCCUUUUGGAUGAAUAAAAGUUGGUUUCUUA